GUCCUCCUGGAUUUUAGCAGCUUGAGGCAACUAUCCAGGUCCCUAAGCUAAAAUUUGUUUUAGAACAAAGGUCAGGGACCUCACUGAGUCAACUUUCUGGGGAUUUUGAUUUUCUGCACUGGUGCCAUAGUCUGUUGUCUUAGAAAAUUGAGAGGUGACUAAAUGACCCACAAAAACGGAAGUAUUUAAAGAGAGGCUGGUUGCCCACUUAUUUUCAGACAUCUGGGAAAGAUUUAGACAAAAUCAGUGGCCCCUAAAUGAUGGUUCAAGGACAAAUGUUAGGUUGGCUAUAUCUUAAUCAUAUGGGGAGAUUGUAAAAAUACAAAUUUCAGACCCUAGAUACUAAAUCAGAAUCUCUGGAGGAAACACCAGGAAAUCAGAGGAAAGCUGUGUGUUGUAAACUUUCCCAGGUGAAUCUGGCAAUCAGUGAUGUUUGGUCCAUAUCAGAGCCUCUCAAAUGUUAAUAUGCAUAAGAAUCACCUGUGGUUCUUCUUCAGCUUGUGGUACAGCAGGUCCCAGGUGGGACCUGAGAUUCUUCUGCAUUUCUAACAAGCUCUCAAAUAACGCUGAUUCAUGGGUCACAUUUUGAGUAGUAAGGGGCUAAAUUACCUCUCAGUUUCUUUCUUGCUAUACUUUCCUGUGAUUCUAAAGUGCCUUGUGGAAACUGUGACUUAUCACCCUCGCUCACAUCAGAACUUUCCAUUAAAGCUCUACCUUUGUUUCCCACCCUUUGGUUUUCAACUCAUAACUGAAAAAGGCCCAGAAAGCUGAUCCAUCCAAGUUAAUCAUCUCUGAAGAAUUGUGGACCCACUGAGUGCUAAAGCAAACCUUUCUCCUAUGUGAGCCAGCAAAAGAAAAACAGCUUGUCAAACACCUGUAAAGAGAUGGCUAUCACCAUAUGGGAAUUUGAAGAGCUGCUAUAUGGCACAUUCAUGAUCCAAAUAGGAGAGGAUCAGCUGUCCCAGAAGGCCUUUUAACUGAGUAAACAAGAAGGGAAAAUUAUAACAGCUUGUCAUUGUGCCUGCAUACUAGACUUCCAUGUAGUUACUAUAGACAAAUCCAAAGUAAGCAUGCAGACUGUUCUUUGAAAAGCCCCCAGAUCAUGUAUAGAGGCUGAGACCAAUGCAGUAAAAAGAAAGUUAUUCUAUACUCAGUCUCUCCAACCCAUCGAUGAUUAGUCUUCUAGAAAGAGCAGCAGUUGACUGUAAAUUUAGGUUUUGAACCACCAUUUAGCAAAGAUAGUUUCUCUAGAAACAUGUCUGUUAAUGAUACAUGUGCUGCGUCAGUUGGAGAAAAUAGGGACUUUCGAUACUUCAUCUAUGCAGUGACAUAUACUGUCAUUCUUGUGCCAGGUCUCAUAGGGAACAUUUUAGCCUUGUGGGUAUUUUAUGGCUAUAUGAAAGAAACAAAACGGGCUGUGAUAUUUAUGAUAAACCUAGCCAUUGCUGACUUACUACAAGUUCUCUCCUUGCCACUGAGGAUCUUUUACUACUUGAAUCAUGAUUGGCCAUUUGGACCUGGCCUCUGCAUGUUUUGUUUCUACCUAAAGUAUGUCAACAUGUAUGCAAGCAUCUACUUCUUGGUCUGCAUCAGUGUGCGACGAUUUUGGUUUCUCAUGUACCCCUUUCGCUUCCAUGACUGUAAACAAAGAUAUGACCUAUACAUCAGCAUUGCUGGCUGGCUGAUCAUCUGCCUUGCCUGUCUGCUAUUUCCUCUCCUCAGAACCAGUGAUGACACCCCUGGCAAUAGAACCAAAUGCUUUGUGGAUCUUCCUACCAGGAAUGUUAAUCUGUCCCAGUCUGUUGUCAUGAUGACUGUUGGUGAGUUGAUUGGGUUUGUCACACCUCUUCUAAUUGUCCUGUAUUGUACCUGGAAGACAGUUUUAUCACUGCAAGAUAAAUAUCCUGUGGCCCAAGACCUUGGAGAGAAAAAGAAAGCCUUGAAAAUGAUUCUAACCUGUGCGGGAGUUUUCUUAAUUUGCUUUGCACCUUACCACUUCAGUUUUCCUUUAGAUUUCUUAGUCAAGUCCAAUGAAAUUAAAAGCUGCCUAGCCAGAAGGGUGAUUGUAAUAUUUCAUUCUGUUGCCUUGUGUCUUGCUAGUCUGAAUUCUUGCCUUGACCCAGUCAUAUACUACUUCACCACUAAUGAAUUCAGAAGACGGCUUUCAAGACAAGAUUUGCAUGAUAGCAUAAAACUCCAUGCAAAAUCAUUUGUGAGCAACCAUACAACUUCUGCCCUGAAAACUGAAUUAUGUUAAAUUAAAAAAAAACUGGGUGUGGAAAGAAAUGCAAGUAUACCAGAACACAUUUGCAAUACCCCAAGUCACUGGGAAGUAAUCACGGGAAGCACUCACAGCUUUUCAAUUAUUCUUUAUCUUACCUAUAUGAGGAAUUCAUAUCUUCAUAAAAGAACCUAUUUAGAGCAUUAUACUACACCAUUAUAGAUGUUGAAUUGUCCGUGUAGUAAUUUGUCACCAAGUCUUUAAGACUUAAACUAUAAAAUUUCAGUGACAUCCUAUACACAUAUGCUCUCAACUAGAGUCAGUAGUUUUUUUCUGUCAACUUAAGACACUUAGUUUUGUUACAAUGGACUCUGAGUUUCUUUGUAUUUAGAGGCAAUGUAGUUAUUUAUUUAUACUAGUAAUCACAAUUGAUAUCCCAAUAUCAUAUUUUUAGUUGUUUUCAGGUAGGAUAGACAAUGUAUUAUUUUGUGAAAACAAAAUGUUAUAAACAAGGAACCAUUUUUAUCUCCUGAGUGUGAUUACACUCUUGGGUUGAAAUAGCUAUUUCUUUAAUUCGGUGUCAGUAUGAAAAAUCAUCUGUCAUAUCUAUCAAUAGAAUGAAAAUCUGAACUCAAGCCUCUGGUAUGUUUAAAGUAAGAAAAGAAACAAGUUCACAUACUCUCUCUGACUGUAUAAAAUGCCAAAUUGAAUCUACUCAGGACUUGUCAAAGUCCAUACAAGGUGACAAAAAUUUUCUCUAUAGGUUCAGGAGAAAGUAAAUAGGUGAUAAUCAUAGUUCUGUUUCUUUUAAAAUAUAUCCAAAGAACAUCUCUGGAGAUGUAUGGAUCUGCCUAGUAAUGUGAAUGUGUACCAUGCUUCUAGAGUGAUAUUGAGGUACCUCUGACAGGUUACUGCAGUUUCUGAGCCUAUAAAAGAAGUAGGGCACUAAGCUUAGGCCAGAGCAAAAAGAUGAUGUUAUUUCUUACUUUAAGUUAGGCUGCAGCUGUCAAGCUACAUUAAGAAGCCAGAGUAGAGUUUGGAGGCAGCCAGGCAUGUGGACCCGAGUCUUCAGUAAUUUUUCUGGCCCAGCUUUGCCCUAGUCAUAUUCUAAGGCUGGCACAGCCUCCCUCCCAGCAGCUAGGGAAAUCAAUUCUUUCCCCUUUUGAGAAAAGUACAGAAGAUUAAUUUUGGCCACAUUGGACACCCCUUACAAUGGUUUGCCUACUACCUGUUUAGUAGUAGUAUGCAAGAAACAAAUCUAGGAUAUGAGUAGGAAUUUAUCCUGAGGUCUUAAAUAUUAGAAUACUUUGAACUAGAGCAAAAAGCUUUAACUUUUUAAAAUGCUCUAAUUAAACUGUGUUCUAUAUAAUGAAAACACAUGCUACUUCUUACCUGGAAGGAAUGUGAAAAUAAACAAAGAGCUCUAUCAUAUUUGCAAGAAGAGAGUUAUUUUAGGCACACAGUUAUGAUACCAAUAUGUCUGGGGAAAAGAACUGGUGAAAUCAAAAUGAAUUUUAAUAUCUAAGAUGAACAGAACAUUUUCUAAUGUUUUCUCUAGACAACUGUUGCUUUUGAUUAUACUGUUGUUAAAAUGAUUCUCUAUUAGAAGACUGACUUGCUGCUAGAAAUAGUGUGUGUAUUUAUCUCUUAAUUAUUCAUUGUAAGGUACAUAUUUUGAUGUUAAAUGAGUUCUAAAUGACUGUUAAAUUGUGUUUUAAAAAGGGUAGCUGUAACUGUGUCUGGUCUGUUUGCUCUAAAGUGAUCUGUGUUCGAAUAUAAUUUAGUGUUGUAUUGCGAUCAGAAGUAAUACUUUUGAGGGUACUUGUAGUGAAGGGGACUUUAUCCUAUUUAUGUUUACUGUUUUCUAGAUUAGCAUGAAUUACACUUCUUAGGGUCAUUUCAGCAGACCAGUGAUUUAAUUUCAUUAACAUACUAAUUUUACUUUAAACAUAUCUAUUUUUUUAAAAAGGAGGGGAAAUACUUCCAGGAGAUUACUGAACUUCUUAGAGGAACUGCUGAGAUGAGAACCCAUUUAUUAGGUAGUCCAGAAGCCCUUGAAAUUCAUUUAUAUCAUUUGAGGAAGAACAGAGGGAACAAGUAUCCAAUGUUCUUAUGCUGCUUAGCUAGGACUACCCCCUCCUCUUCAGGCCUGCUCAUCUAAAUUUAUAUUCAGUGCUGUGUUUUACUUUAUCAACCCUUCCUCCCCAUCAGCAUGAUUUGUCUUCUGUCCUAUUCCCUGGUUCUUGUAGUCAGUAAUCUGAUGAAUUUAUUCAAACUAAGGUACUAAUGACUAAUAUUAGUUUAAGAUUGAUUUGCCCAGGGAUAUCUGAAUUCUAGGCCUUAGGGGUAAACUUUAACUCAAACUGUUCUGAUUGCAAAAUAUACACAUAAUUAUUCCAACAAGAGAUAUUUUGAAUAUGGAGUGAUUUCCACGUGAUUAAUAUUGUCAUUAUUGUUACUGUUAUUGUUGCUGUAUUCAAAUUGUUUAUAACUUUUCAUUGUCACUUAGUUAAGCAGCUAAUUCUAUUAACCUGUAAUUCCACAGAAAGGAGCCAUCUGCCUUAGGAACAACAGAUCAAAUUAACUUGGUCUGAAAGUGUGUGUAAGUGCAACUGUUGUGCAACUUCACUUUUAUGUCAUCUUUUUUGCUUUUCCUCCCCAGACACUGUGAAAAUGUUGCACUUGGAAUGUAUUUAUGUCUGUAAUUUAUAAUACGCAUUUUAGUAAUAAAGAUAGUCUCUGUAAUUGCAUAGACAA